CAAUCAAGCAUGAGCAAGGCCCAGCGGGCUGACGGAGAGUCGGCGGGAGGAAAUGCCAUUUCGCUGGCGCAAGUCCUCACCGGCGCGCCGAUACUGCUCGAUACACUCAACCUGUGUGACGCCCUUUCGUUGCGAGUCUGCUCGUUAGCGACUCGGUCGGCGUUUGACGCGUGGUCGUCGAGGCUGCGUCUCAAGCAUGCGGCGGGUGUCGUAGAGCCGGCCGGCUCUAUUCGAGCCCUGGUCGCGCGCGGCUGCCGGCCGCUGGCUAUCGACGUAAACCUUGGCGGCAUGCUCGACAUGACAACUGUGGCUGACAUUGUCCGUAUUUGCGGCGCCUCGGCGACAGCGCUGGCGCUGGCGCCGUGCUACGUGCCGCCAGCCACGCCCUUCGCCGCCCUGACCCGGACCCAACAGCACGGCCCGGAGGCGGUGACGGGCUCGCGGCGCCGCGGCCGCGGGAAGUUCCUGCCGCCACCGCCGGAGGAGGAGCGCCAGCAUCCAGAUCAGCAGCAGCAGGGCGCUAGUGGCGGUGGCGGCGGUGGAGGUGGAGGUGGAGGUGCAGGUGGAGGUGGAGCUGGAGGUGCAGGUGGAGGUGGAGGUGGAGGUGGAGGUGGAGGUGGAGGUGGAGGUGGAGGUGGAGGUGGAGGUGGAGGUGGAGGCAGCGGUGGCGGUGGAGGGCCGGUGGGGCGCAACGGACCGGCGGGGGUGGCGGCGCUGGUGGCGGUACUGGGUGCGGAGUCGUCGCCGGCACUGCGGCGCCUGGGCCUGGUGUGUCCCUCUGAAGAGGCGGUGGGCUGUGCGGACGAGUUGCUUCGGGCCGCGGGGCCGCGACUGGCAGCCGUGGAGAUGUGUGUGGAGUGGCCGUGCGUGCCGCCACACACAGGCCUGUCGUACUGCGGUGGCGGCGGCGGUGGCGGCGGCGGCGGUGGCGGGUCCUCCGCCUGCAAUGGCGCCAAAGCGAAUGGCGGCGUUGCGGCGGCGGCUGGUACGGCCACUGGCGGCAGCGGCGGCGGUACGGCGGGUAUGACAACUGCUAGUACGAACACAAGUACAAGUACGAGUACCAGUGCGGCGGGUCUGACCAGUUUAUACAUCAGCUGUCCGGACACACACGACGCGUGUGGUGCGGCCGGGGCUACCUACCCGCCACUGCACUCGAGUGGAGCGGUGCCGCCGACGGUGGCGGCGCUGGCGCGGCUGCACGGCCUGCGCAGUUUGGAGCUGAGGGGCAGCGGCUGGCUGCCACAGCUGGGGGUGACGGAGCCGGCGGCACAGCUGGCGCCGCUGUCAGCGCUCACCGCCCUCACGCGGCUCGCCAUGGAUCUCUCGUACAUUGUCGACGUGGCAGGUGGCGGCGCCGCCGCCGCUGACCUCAUCCGCCCGGCCCGCCGCGCCGCCAUCCUAGCCGCCGCCGGCAUCGCUGAGGAGGAGGAGUCAGUGGCGGCGGCGGCGGCGCGGCACGCCACCGAGCGGCGCUACGGCAGCGGAGCUGCUGGCGGCGGGGGCAGCGGCAGCAUGGGCGGCAAGGGCUGCAUUUUCGGCGGCGGCGGCGUUGACGAUGGAGGCGGCGGCGGCGGCAGCGGCGGCACUUUGCUGACGUGGCCAGCUGAUGAGGAGUGGCUCAUGGGCGGUCUGCUUCGUGGUCUGGUGGGCUGUCUUGCUGAUCUGGAGCUGCGUGGCAUGAAGCUGCCCGCUGAGAACCUGCCGGCGCUGGCGGCGCUGACCCAGUUAACACGACUGCAGGUUGGCAGCCUCAGCCUGACGCCCCUGUGGAGACAGCAGCAGCAGCAGCAACAGGCGGACGCAGCCACCGCCGCCAGCCCGCCACCUGCCCUGAACGCGCCGCCACUGGCGGGUGGCGGCGGGGAGGACGCGGACUCCGCCGCCGCCGGCUCGCCACUCCUAGCGCCUGGCUCGGGCCCGGGCGCGGGCCGACCGCGCACACCACUGCCGCCCAAGCUGAUGGAGAUUGCGCUGGAGCGGCUGCCCUGCAUGCAGCUCCUGGCCGACCUGUGGGAGCACCCGCGCCGCCCGCGCCUGGUGCUGCUGGGCAGCACGGAAAUGGACUUCGGUGAGUUGCGAGUGCCGGUCCUGUCCGGCGGCCUGCCCGGCGGCGGCAACACACUGGCGGCAACCGCGGGCCUGCCGCCCCCCUCGCAGCUGCAGCUCCGCCACCAACGCCCCCCGGACUGGCUGCCUGAGGUGGCGGCGGCCGCCUGCAGGCUGCUGGCGUGCGACGUCCUGCCCUGGGUAUGCCGGCGGCGGCGCCGCCAGCGGCACAGCCGCAGCGUUGACCGCGGCGUUGACCGUGACGUCGGCGGCGGCGGUGUUGGCAGCGGCGGUGGCGGCGGAAGCGGCGGUCAGGAGAAAGUCAAAGCGGCGGCGGCGGCGGCGGCGCUUGCCCCGGCAGGCCAAGGCAGGGGUAGGAGUGCACUGGCGGUGGCGGCGGCGCUGCGGGCGGAGGCGGCCAGCGCGGCGGUGCCGCCGACGCCUCGGCCUCGGCGGCGCCGCGCGCGCAGCCCGAGCCACCCGCACCACCCCGCGCACCCCAACCACAAACUCUACCUGGGACAGGCGCGUGUGCGGCGCGUGCGGCGGGACCGGGCGACUGCCGCCGCCGCCUUCGCCCACGAAGAGGCCAGCAGUGGCAGUGGCAGCAGCGACAGAAGCAGUAGCAGCAGUGGCGGCGGCGACAGCGACAGCGAUGUGGGCGAGGUUGGCGAGGGGCGCCGGGGCCGCGGCCAUGGGCGAACCCGCAGCCGCAGCCUUGGCUGCGGCCGCGGCCGUGACGCGGAUAAGGUGGAGCAGCGGGAGGAGGGCGUGGCUAAAGGCGCGGCGGCGGCGGCGGCGGCAGUGGCAGCGGCCGGAGAAGAGGCUGCACAGGGCGCGGAGGAAGCUGGGGCGGUUGAGGCGGCGGCGGCAGCGGCCGGGUCGGAGGCGGAGAGUGACGACGGGGAGCACGGCAUCGCGCUCGCAUUGCAGGGCUCCGAGGAGUGGAUGAAUGUUGUGGGCGGGCCGCACGCCGCCUGGAUGGCGCAGCUACACCCGCUGCGCGACUAUGUGGCGGAGGUGCAGCUCAACUGCCUGUCCGUGGCCGCAGACGACCUGAGGGGGCUGCGGGCCGCACUGCCCGACAUCAAGGAGGUGGGUCUGGGCCACCCGCUGCAGCUGGGUCCGGACGCGCUGGCAGGGUUGAGCGAGCUGCACGAGGAGUGGCCGGUGCUGGGGCCGCUGCUGGGGGGCGAGAGCGACGGCUGGAGCGACUACCAGGACACAAGCAGCGGGGAGGAGGAGGAGGAGCAGGAGGGGGAGCAGGAGGGGGAGGAGGCGGAGGAGGGGGAGGAGGACGGGGUAGUGGUGAUGGACAUGGAGGAGGGGGAGCGGGAAGGGCAGGAAGGAGGAGCGCGGCCGCAGCGGCGGCAGCGGCGCGGCACGGCCGCAGAUGGCCGUGAGCCGCAGCAGGGGCGGCCGCAGCCGUCGCCGCGGCAGCAGCAGCAGCAGCAGGCGGCUGGUGCUGCAGGGUCCAGCGGCAAACGGCAGAAGGUGGGGCGGGGCUGGGCCCUGCCAGGCCCCGACAGCUCUGACGGAGACAGCGACGAUGCGGCGGCCGGGGACGAUGACGAUGACCACGGCUGCGGUUUCGGUUACGGCGGCGGCGGCGGUUGCGGCCGUUACGGCGCGUACGGCAUUUUGUCGGACGGGCUGUUGGCUGACAUGGAGGAAGACGUACGGGCAGAUCUCGCGGAGCGGCGGCGGGCGCUCGGUUUUGGCGGCGGCGCGGGUGACGGCGCCGCUACAGCCGCCGACGCUGUGGGUGCAGCUGCUGCUGUGGGCGCGGCGGCCGGUGCUGGAGGCGUGAUGGUGGCAAUGCCGGCGGUGGCGAUGACGGCGGCGAUGGCACUGGGUGGCGGCGGCGUCGGGAAUGGGAAUGGGAAUGGUGGCGGCGGCGGGAGGCAAGCAGCAGCGUCCGGCGGAGGGCGGCAGCGGGGCUCGCGCGGCGGCGGGCAGCGCGGUGGUGGUGGUGCCGCAGCGCGGGGCGGCGCUGGCGGUGUUGCAGGCGCAGGCGGCGCUGGCGGUGGCGAUGGCGAUGAUGGCGAUGAGGGGGAGCGGCUGCGGGCAGGCAGCAGCGACGCCGAGGACACCGAGGACCCGGAGGCUGUAGCAGCAGCUGGCCGUGAGGAGGAGGAGGCAGCGGGGGAGCUGGAGGCAGGUGCCGCCGCCGCUACUGCUACAGCCGCUGCCAUGGACACGGCCGUGGUCACUGCUACUGCCACCGGUGGCGCUGCCGCCGCCAGCGGCGCCGAGGCGGCUUUUGAGGAUGCUGACAUGGACGUCGACGCAGCCAUGACGGCGGUGACGGAGGUCGAGGUGAAGGGGCUGGUGCGGCAUCGCAGCGGCACUCGUAGUGAGGAGGUGGAGGAGGAGGACGACGAAGACAGGGGCGUGGGCGGCUAUGCCGGCGGCGCAGCCGUGCACGUGGGCGGCAUGGGAUUGAUGCGGCGGCGGCGGCGGCAAUCGCGGCGGCGGCGGCGGCUGGAUGAUGAUGACGAUGAGGCGCUCAUUCUCACCUCUGCCUCCGUGUCUGUCGGCAGCGGCGGCGGCGGCGGCGGCGGCAAGGGGUUGGAGGGCUCCUGCACGGGGAGUGACAACGGCAGCAGCAGUGGAAGUGAAGAUGAAGGGAACGAGGAGAAGGGGCUUCGACCGCGCAGGCGGCGACGCCGCGGCGACGAGCCGUCACUAGAGGCGCUGGCGGCGCUGGUGAGUGGCGGCGCAGGAGGAGGAGGAGGAGGCGAUGCCGCCGACCCGGAGGCUAGUGGCGAGGGGGAGGGAGAGGACGGUGAGGACGUGGUCGUGGUGGUGGCGACGUCCAGGGAGCUGGAGGCGCUUGCGGAGGUGGAGGUGGAGGAGGAGCUUCACGAGAUGCAGGCGGCCCUCGCAGCGGAGGAGGUGACAGCGGCGGUGGCAGGCGACGACGGCGCAGGAGGCAGGGACGGUGGCGACGACGCCAGCGGCAGCGGUGGCGGCGGCGGCAGAGGAGAGGUGCUGAGCCGCAACGUGCUGGCACAUACGAAGCCGUGGAACUGGGAGGCCGGCGCCGCGGCAGAUGUGGGCGUGAUCGAGGCGCUGCCCGGCGUGCUGGGUCAGUCCCUGUGUGUCUUCAACGAGGCCAUGGUGGGGGCGCUGCAGCUGCUAUCGCGCCAAACCGUGCAAACAGCCGCUGCGGAGUUUGCGUUGGAGCUGUCAGGCGGCGUAGGCGGCGGCAGCAUUGCGGGCUCGGCCGAGGACGACAGCAGCAGUAGCAGCGGCGGCGGCUGUGGCUCGAGCAGCGGCUCUGGCGGCGCAGGAAGCACCAGCAUGGGCGGUGGGCGUGGCGGCAGCACCGGCGGCGGGGGCCAGGCGCAAGGCGCAAGGGCACUGCCUGACCAGUGCACGCCUCAACGCCGGGGACCAGCGGCGGCGGCAGGGUGUGGUCAGCGCCCGUCGCUGAUGUACGCCACCGGCGGCAGUCGUGGGCGGUGGGGCACGGCAGGACCGCGGCGGGCACCCACACUCGCGCCGCGCCUGCGCGUACGGCUUCCGCUCUUUGCACCACCAGCGGCAGCCGCAGCAGCGCUAGGGCCGCGGCUACCCUGCUGGUGAUGUAUGAGGGCAGCUGCUGUGCGUGCCGGGCGCUGCGGCUGCUGAGAACCGACCGUGACCUGCUGUGCGGCGCAGUCAGUGCCUCAGUGUGUGGCUUAGCGUGUGGCUCGGUGGCUUUUGACUGGCUCCGAGUGCACCGGUGACGUGACGUGCGCGCCGUGCGUGCCUUACUUUAGCAUGGCAUUUGCACGCCCACACGCGCCGUGCAAGAGGCGGGACUGCUGCGUAGGAUGCACCGAUUGUUGUGCGGUACUGGGUGGGUGAUGGUAGGUGUGUGCCAUACCGUAAUGUGCAGAAGUUCAACUACAGCAGGGGGCACGUCACAUGGGAUUUGGUUCGGCAGCAUGACGAAAGCAUUGUACAUCAUGAACAUGUACCGUAUGGGCUGUAGGACAUACUAUCAGGAUUACCGUACUGCACUCGCCAUGCCAAAGGGGAUGCGGGGUUCGUGUCAAUGUGUUUUCCAUGCCCCUCGCUGUACAAGUGCACACAUUGUCACCAGGCAGGACUGGGCAUGUGCGCUGUCGCGCGGGCGCCGGGCCCGUCCGCGGGCUGUUCGGCGUGUGUGGUGCAAGGGGACAUGGCAAAAGAGGCGAGUGGCUGUUGGGUUGGGUCCCGAGGAACAAAUUGCACCCAGCCCAGGUGUGGACGAUAAUGAAAGACGUUUACCAGUACUGCUGCAUAGUGCUGAUCGUGAAACAGGGGUGAAACUGAGCGCCCGAGGCUGGGGCGGACUGAGCUGGUGGCGAACUGGUGACAGCGGCUGGCUGGCUGGCUGUUAGCCGACAGAGUGGAACUGAGUCCCGCCCAAGAGCCAAACACACCUUUGGAUACCAUUAAUAUGUGUGUGUCUAAAGAAAACAAGGAAAACAUAGCGCAAAUAUGUGUGUGUGUGUGUGUGUGAAAACACGAAGGAAAGGGAAGGGAAACUGCAGACUCUG